AUGCAGCAACAGACACAGGCAUGGACGGCUAUCGCACAAACACAGAAGGCAACUGACCAAUCAAAUGUUCAGGAUUUAACGGAAACCAUUCGGAAACGAGGUCAUGAUAGUGCCACAGAAACAAGCGAAGCAGUGCAUCAGAAAAAUGAGGACACGAGUCAGAAGGUAGAGCAUAACAAUGUCAUAAAAACCACCCUGCCAACGGGGGAAAGUAUGAACAAAGCUAGCCAAUCAGAUCAUCAGGAUGAUAAAACAAGCCAAUCAAAUCGACACAUCCCUCAGGAGGCUCUCCAAUCAGAUCAUCAGGGUGAUAAAAACUGCCAACAAAACCGGAGGGUGGGGAAAGGCACGAGCCAAAAAAACAGCAGAGGCCGCUCAGUGCAUCGUCUCGAUGUAUGUUAG